AGAGGUAGGAGAAUGCGAAGGGUUUUCGCUCCCUGACUCCGACGAGCCCAUGCUCCUCCUCCGCCGCGCCCACCCGCCGCGCCGCCCCUCCGCGCGCCACCUCUCCGGCCUCCUCGACCGCUACGGCUUCGUGCCGCCCGCCUCCCUCACCCCCGCUCGAGAAAACACCCCCCGCGCCGCCGACUCCGGCAAGAAGCGGCGGCCCAGGAAACCCCCCUACCGGCCGCCCUCCUCGCUGGACCGCGGUGGCCGCCCCGCCGCGCCCUCCGACCUCCCCUUCGACUUCCGCUUCAGCUACACCGAGAGCUCCCCCGGGGACCGGCCCAUCGGGCUCCGCGAGCCCAAGUACUCCCCCUUCGGCCCCGGCCGCCUCGACCGCCCCUGGACGGGCCUCUGCGCGCCCGCCGUCGACACCACGCUCCGCGACAUCCACGCCGAGGACCCCGCCCCCGCCGCCGAGAGGGACCUCGAGGACGCCCGCCGCCGCCACCGGGAGCGCGUGCUCGGCGAGCCGCUCACCCCCGCCGAGUGCGCCUCCCUGGUCUCCAAGUGCCAGAAGAGCCGCACCAAGAAACAGAUCAAUCUUGGGAGAGAUGGGCUCACUCACAACAUGCUGAAUGACAUUCAUAAUCACUGGAAGACCGGCGAGGCGGUCAGGGUGAAAUGCCUCGGCGUGCCGACCGUUGAUAUGCAGAAUGUGUGCCAUCAGCUUGAGGAUAAAACUGGUGGCCUUAUCAUCCACAGGCAUGGUGGUCAGUUGAUACUGUACAGAGGCAGGCAUUAUAAUCCAAAGAAAAGACCUGUUAUUCCGUUAAUGCUGUGGAAGCCUGCUGAGCCUGUGUACCCGCGGCUAAUUAAAACUACCAUAGAAGGUCUGACGGUUGAGGAGACAAAAGAAAUGAGGAAGAAAGGCCUGCGUGUUCCUGUUUUGACAAAGCUAGCCAAGAAUGGAUAUUACGCUAGUCUUGUCCCAAUGGUUCGAGAUGCCUUUUUGACUGAUGAGUUGGUCCGGAUAGAUUGUAAAGGAUUACCAAAAAGUGAUUAUCGGAAAAUUGGAGUGAAGCUUAGGGACAUUGUCCCUUGCAUUAUUGUCUCUUUUGACAAAGAGCAAAUUAUAGUGUGGAGGGGAAAGGAUUAUAAUGGAACCAUACAGGAUCAUGCACAGAAGAUACCUGUUCCAGUUCUUGAAAAAGAAAGUGCAGGAGUUGAGAGCGAGAACGGUGAUCAGGAACAAACAUCAAGUGACUGGUCGUCUGACGAGUGCUCUCAAUUCAGUAACUCUGAUGAAGUGUCAGAUGACCAAUCAGUUAUUUCGGAGGUAGACUCUGAUUAGACCAGUCAGAUAUUUCAGAACCUGCUGUUCAUGUAGUUGUCAAACUGUCGCUAGAUAUUCAAAGUUGUCAAAUGAACAUUUCCUGAGAUACCAUCUUGUGUAUUUUCUAGUCAUCCAUGGCUAAAUAGCUACAUUUCCAGAGUAUGACACGAGUUGGUUUGGAUGGAAGAUUCACAUCAAAUAGUUUGCUUGAGACUCCAACCAGUUGGUAAUAGGAGGAUUGAUAUAUUGAUCUAUUUGACUGAUCACCAAGAUAAGUCCACGAUGGAGCUGUGAACAAAAGUGUACAAUUCUCAUUUGACUUUUUGUAAAGCCUAUUGAACAACAGUUCUAUCCAGUCUUUCCUGGCAAUAGAGAUUCUAUUCAUUUAUGUUUC